AUGUCCGACAACGACAACGACAACACUCGCCGCCAUUGGCACGGCCUAUCUGGCGACCGCCAUGAACACCACAACGUCUGGACAAACGGUGGUGCAAAGGGUCCAGCCUCCCGAGCCCCAUGGGCUCUCACGCCAGAAAUGAUGGCCAACUUGAAUGCCCGAAAGGGCUCCGACGCCUCAACCUCCUCAAACACAGCUAAUGCCCACAUCGCAAACGCAAAUCAAGCCGGCUCCCCAACUACACCCACCGUUAACGAGCGUCGACGCUCAAGCGCUUCAUCCGGAAACGCGGCGGGAUUGUUCUCGAAUCUGCACACUCAGAAACGCCAGUCGGAUGAUGCGAAUAUGGCUGGGAGACGGGCAAGUUGGAAUGAGCAGCAGAGUCCGAGUGGGUUCUUUGGGAAGCUUUGGGAUGGGUAUACGCGUGGGAAGUAG